AUGAGAAGUGAAAUUGUGCUUCUAAUUCUAGUUGGAUUGGUUUGCGCGGAUCAGCGCAAACUGAACAAUGCUGAACGGAACGCCAUUUUGGAUAAACACAAUGAAUUCAGAAGGACUGUGGCAAAAGGAGAGGCCGUCGCCAAAGGAGGAACCAAAUUGCCGAUAGCUGGAGACAUGCACGAAUUGGUGAGUUACAGACAUCUUUAUGAUAAAAUGCUACUUGCACGGUAGCAUUAUUUAUUUAUAGUAUGUGUCUGUUAAUGCAAGUUACAGUAGUUGUUUGACACUGUUCUGUUAGCGUAAUCUUGUAGGAAUACGACACUACUCUCGAAGAUCUUGCCUUUUCCUGGGCCAGUAAUUGUCGAUGGAAUCAUUCCGGGAAUGGAGGAGAGAAUAUGUUUGCUUCUCAAGAACAGGCGACUGAUUUUUCUUCGUUUUUGAUUGAAGGCACAACAUCCUGGUUUAAUGAGAUCAAAAAUUUUGAUGCAAGCGGAGUUCAGAGCUUCCAAGUUCAGAAUGACGCAGUGAUUGGACAUUUCACCCAGGUCGGGCAAUAAAAAAUUGAACAUGUCAUAAGUUUUUAGGUGAUUUGGGGAGCAACAAGUAAACUGGGCUGUGCCGUAGCCGCUUGUCCAACCCUAAUCAACGAAAAAGGAUCUAAUUGGCUCUUUUUGGUCUGCAAUUAUCAAGCUCAAGGUAAUGUGAUUGGUGAACCAAUCUACACGACUGCCAAGGCCGCUGCCUCUGCAUGCCCUUCGGGUACCUCAUCUGACGAUAGCCUUUGUGCAAAUCCCUCGGCCACACCAUUACCAACAGAUUCUACUGUCAGCGUUGGCUCCGGUGGCACAACAGUUACUGGAACAAGUGAAACAACGGUCGCUGCAUCAAGCGAGGCCUCCGAAUCCACAGGUUCUUCUGACAGUGCGGCCGGUGCUGUAACUGGAUCCUCUACAGUCCAAGAAAGCAGCUCAGCAGACCCUGGAAGCACUGCUGACCCGUCUGUGAGAUCUACGACCAGAGGUUGUAGAUCCAGGGGAUAUCCAGUCAACUGA